AUGCCCGGGAAUGCCACAAAUUUCAUACACGGUGCUGAUGAUAUCGUUAGAGUACCAGAUGUGGUACCACCAAUCAAUAUCUCUACUACUUAUAGAUACAAUUCUGAUCCAAGUCAAUUGGUUAAAGUAGCUGAUAGAGGUGGAUACGAAAUCCUUAACAAUCCAUGGUAUUCCCGAUUAUCCCAUCCUAAUUCAGAACAAAUUGAAAAUGCUGUUGCUAAAGUUACUGGUGGUUAUGUUGUGGCUUAUUCUUCAGGUCUUUCAGCUUUCUUUGCUCUUAUGACUUAUUAUAAUCCAAAAGUAUUAAGUAUUGGUAAUGGUUAUCAUGGUGUUCAUGGAAUUGCUAAUAUAUUUACUAGAAACAAUGGAUUAAAACAAAUCUCCUUAGAUGAUGAUUUUGAACAAUUAAAUGAAGGUGAUAUUGUUCAUUUAGAAACUCCAGUUAAUCCAGAAGGUAUUAAUUUUAAUAUCAAGGAAUUCGCCGAUAAAGCUCAUGCUAGAGGUGCUAUUUUACUGGUUGAUGCUACAUUUGCUCCACCACCAUUACAAGAUCCAUUUAAAUUUGGUGCUGAUAUAAUCUUACAUUCAGCUACUAAAUUCUUUGGUGGUCAUAGUGAUUUGUUAGCUGGUUUUUUAAUCACUAAAUCGAAAGAAAUUAGAGAUGCGUUACUUAACGAUAGACUUUUAUUAGGUACUAAUAUUGCUAAUUUAGAAAGUUCACUUCUUAUCAGAGGUAUUAGAACUUUAGAUUUAAGAGUUCGUAAACAAUCUGAAACUGCUAGUAAGAUUGUUCAUUAUCUUGAAAAUAACAAAUCUAAAUUCCCUGGUUUAACUAAAAUUUAUCAUGGUUCUUUACAAACUGAUGCUUAUAUAAAGGAACAAUUACCAAUUGGUCAUUCACCAGUAUUUUCAAUUGAAGUUGAAUCUGAAGUGUUUGCUAAGUAUUUACCAUCAAAAUUAAAAUAUUUCUAUCAUGCUACUUCAUUAGGUGGAGUUGAAAGUUUAAUUGAAUGGAGAGCAUUAAGUGAUCCAAGUGCUAAUCCAGCUCUUUUAAGAGUUAGUAUUGGGGUCGAAGAUUAUGAAGAUUUACUUGAAGAUUUCAUUGAAGCCUUCACUGCCGCUAAACUUGAAGUUGCUUCAUUAAAGUAG